UCUUUUGGUUUAGAUCACGAAAACCUCCCGGUGCCUCCUGAUUGUCCUACUUGGUUUUUCCAGUUAGCUGUCGACUGUUGCACUCUUGACCACUUGUUGCAUCCACACAUCUUAGGCAUCAUUGACUCAAUUGAAAAAAAUAUAUGCAAUUUGUCUUGUCAUGAAGCAGUCCAUUCUCAAUUUCCUGUACGUGCACAAAGCUCCACUACAAAUGGUUCACAUGAUAUUAAAUCCCAAGAAACUGUCCUUGCAUCUCCCUUAUAA